CCUUCGAUUUUCGCCUAAGCGGGGUGUUGAGUCGUCGACGCGGACGACGAACUCGGGAUAUGCAAUCAACAGUCCCCAGACGUGCGUCGACGCUGAACUCCGCAGUACCGUUGUCCCUCAUAGGUUAUACGGCGGACCUAUACUCGGACUCACGCAAGCACGGAUACCAGGGACCAGUGAGAAGUGUCCGCUCGCACCGUGCAACCACCAAUGGUGGAGGAACCAUAGCAAAGAGUGAAGAUGGUCUAAGAUGUGUUGUUGCAGGACGAGAAUCCCUGCGCAUCUUGCGUCUGUCUGAUCCAGAAGAUCCUGCCAAUAAUGACCAUAAGGCUUCCAUCGGUCGCGGUGGGCAUCGUAUCGAAGCGUCGCGGAACAUAUGGGAUGGAAGUGGCUUAAAGAUUGAUAGUGCAAGCACUGAUGUUGCCUGGUGCCAUGGCAGCUACGACAACAAGAUUCUCACAAGCGCGCGGAAUGGGGAUCUCAUUAUGUGGGAUCUCAACAGGGCUGGCAACGCCAAAUACGAAAGAAAGACGAAGAAUCAUAUUCGUUCGAUUCACAAGUUGUCCUGCUCCACUAUUGUACCAUACUACUGCGUUACAGGCUCUGCUGAUGGUGAUAUGCGUGUCUGGGAUCUUCGAGACAUGUCCAAGUCCCUCUUGAAGAUCCACCAUCCAACCUCAGUUCGCUCUGUUGUCUUCUCACCGUGUCUAUCCCAUCCCCUUCAAGCUGUCGUGGGUCUUGACAACGGAUCAAUCUAUCGUUGGGAUCUUCAAAUGGGUCAGAGGGGUCAGCUCGAUAGAUUGCCUGUAGCCCAUGCAGGUCCAAUUCUUGCAUUGGACUGGUGUAGCACCCCGGCUGCCAACAAUGUCGGUGAUGUUGUUGGUGCCGAUCGGAGCUGGAUAGUCAGCGGAGGUUUGGAUCACACCGUCAAAGUCUGGGACCUCACCACAUCUGGCACGUCCGCUCAUAUUGCGCAUCAGCCUACCUAUACCCUUCAUCCGUCAUUCCCCGUACGCCGGGUACUCUGGCGUCCCGAGUACCCCUCCGAGCUCGCGAUCGUGUCCAAUGAGGACUUUGGCGGAGGCACCGAGCUAUUAGCCAGUCCUCGACUACAGUCCGCAACUCCAGCAUUCAUUAGUGCCUCCAGUUCUGUCACGGACGCCACUAAAGACAAGGACUCCAAAGGUAACGGGGCAGACGCCGUGGAGAUAUGGGAUGUAAGACGCGGCUGGAUUGCUAAAUGGACUGUCGAAGCGAGCGCCUCGGAAGGGGGAGUAACAGAUGCCACAUUCCGCGACUCACAUGCGCUUUGGGUCCAGCAUGCAUCCGGAACAUUUGCUCAAGUCGACUUGCGUAGGUCUGUACGCCCUGUUGAUGCUGUUCCGCGCGUGGCGCUGUCUUGGCAUGUUGGUGUCAAUGGGGAUACCGACGGGACAUUGGCUUUUGUCUCGGACAGAAGAACAAGAUGGGAAGUGCCCUACGAUGAUAUCCACCCUGACAAACGGCAUGUACUUCCUGAACGAAAGCUCAAACUCAAAUGCCUUGGUGAUAAGCCUCGCAUGCCUUUUCUGCAAAAUAUGGGUACAUAUGUAUGCGGAAGGCUUCGAAAUACGGAAACUGGAGGACUUUUUGAGCAUCUCGCAAGGAAGUACCUUGUCGAGUUUGACGGGAGGAACAGGGCUGCUGUUUGCAAGGCAAACGCCGAGGUGUCUAUUCAAGCGGGAAGCAUUCGCGCAGCACAAGUAUGGCUGCUGCUUGGCUCUCUACUUACUGAUGUCAUUCCAGAGUUUAUAAAACCUUCACCUCAUUCGGAGAACAGCUACCAGAUCAUCCCACACCUCACGCACUCUAAUUCGGCUCCGGCUGCCUUUCCUACAGUUGGCACAAACUCUGGAUCUCAUGCCUCGGGUUCCACCUCGAAACCCGCCUCAAAGCGUGGCGCCUCGUCAGAUUCUGUCUCCAAGAUGAUCCAACAGAUACGCCCCAACUCUAGUUCCCCCGCCAAGUCACGUAUCACCAGUCAAUCUCAAUCUCUACCCCAAGAUCAGCGUUCCACGUCGAAAAACAGCAACGGAACCUCUGCAUCGAGAGAACGUUCUGGGGAGCGAGAAGCCCCACCCGCAACCAAACCACCUCCAAAUUCACGAAACUUAACCCCUGCGUCAUCCACAUCCUCAUCGCCUCGUCACAUUCCCGCUUCCCUUCCGCCAGCACCAGCACUCCCGCCUUCGACGACCAUGACGCCUGUUACGAUAACACCCCGCCGUCCAUCUGUUCUUAUUUCCACCCCGGCAUUGGCGCAAGGACAAGGACAUAUAAGGCGGCCGUCUGUGUAUAGUCGUGCGUCUGCAGCCCACAGCGAGAGCCCCAGCGCACCUAGUAUCAGUGCGAGCGACCGAAGCCUCCGCCACGUAGGCGAAGGUGCUCUGGAUGACUCGGAUUCGUCAGACGGCGAACACUUGGUCAGCGCUGACGCCCCGGACAGUCACAGUGAAAACGAGGCAGACGUACCGCCCGAGAUUCCUCUGCGACCCAUAAUGUCGAAGUCGAGAAGUCUUAGCAUGGGCCGCACAGGCCCGGCGCAUCCCAGCCCACUCUCCAGACUCGCUGGGCAGCGUUGGACGGAGGAUGAGGAUGAUGGUGGUAAGGAGCAUGGGGACGACGAGGCUAGUCCGUCGCCUGGGUCGACUGAUACUGAUGGCGAAGGACAUAGCGGUCGUGACUCGGAGUGCAGUACUAGACCACAGACGAUCAGGGUAAAAGCAGCAUCUGUGUCGAGGACACGACCCAGGAAGAACUCGGCUGCCAAGCGACUGAAGAGCCGUACGCGAAGUGCCACCGUUGCUGCUCUUGCUGCAUCAUCACCAUCUCCUGUGUACACAGUGUCCGAGAGUCCUCAUUUGGCGAAACAGGCGAGCCAUAGUAGCAUUCGUACUGUUACUGCUGGGUCUGUCCAACAGGAGCAAAAUUCUGGGCUUGGGCAUCAUGAUGAGGAUGCCAUGCAGGCGGACGCAGAGUCAGAUGAAUACCAAGCCUGGCAUGAUAUGACUGAAUCUAGACGUCACGCUGUGAUGGAGGAAGAAGCCCAGCUCCGCGAGGCAGCAUGGCACGCACUUCGAGACGCGCUUGAAGAAUUCGCAGAAGCAGGUGAUGUUCAGAUGUGCGCUAUGCUGGCGCUCAUUGCAGCUAAGGAACUGGAGAUCAGCCGGAGGAGAGGUUUGCAAUUCUUAGAGGCAUAUAUAGAACUACUCACUCGCCUCCGACUGCACACCUGUGCUGCUUACCUGCGUAAAUGCAGCGAUUUCGAAGAUGUUACAAGUACCACUAAGCUCGAAACCGUCGUUUACACCGCCUGUGGACGUUGUCGAAAGGCAAUCAUCCUCUCUCGCCCUCGAACAGUGACAGGGGCGCACGCAUUAUGUACGACAUGCAAGAGUGCAGUUGUAAGGUGUUCGAUAUGUCAUCUUCCCGUUCGCACACUCCUUUUCCAAUGUUCUGUGUGCAUGCACGGAGGACACCAAGAGUGCUACAGGCGAUAUUACAUGGAACGCCCGAUGGUCGAUAUCCCAGCCCCUUCAUCUGCACGAGGGCGUUCGCUGAUCAGAGAACGAGAUGAUGACGUAGAGGAGGGAGAAGAGGUCACCAGCUCUGAGGGCUGGCGGGAGAGGACACUGGCGGGUCAUCCGUGUGCAGCUGGAUGCGGGCAUUAUUGCUGGGCAGCUGUGGGUGGGCACCUAGGCGGAGAGGAAGCUUCAUGAGCAGUCGGUCUAGGAACGAUUUGACUCUACAAUGCAACUUCACCAGCAAAGAUGAGAAUGUCUAUCUACGACGGGUUUCCCUACAGACUGUAGUGUGCCACGAAUAAAUUACUUUGUCACAGGGGAAAAUCACGCCUGCUACUGCCACUCAGCCUGGCCUCCGGGCGGACCCAAAGUCAGGAUAGUUCCGUC